CGAGGGUCGCCCAGGCCGGGGCGCAGCCCGGGAGCUGGCCUUGGCGACCCCCGGGCCGUGGCAGGAGCGGGGGACGGGGGACGAAGCCAGGAGUGCCGGCCUUGGGGCUGUCCGAACCCGCCGCUUCUUGCUCUGCCUCUACUUGGUGGGCUUCUUGGAUUUGUUUGGUGUAAGCAUGGUUGUUCCUUUAUUAAGCCUUCAUGUCAAGUCUCUUGGAGCAAGCCCAACAGUUGCUGGCAUAGUAGGCUCCACCUAUGGCAUUUUGCAACUCUUUUCUAGCACAUUCGUGGGCUGCUGGAGUGACGUGGUCGGAAAGCGUUCUGCCUUGCUCACUUGCAUUCUCUCCAGCGCCCUGGGCUAUCUCCUCCUGGGAGCAUCCACCAGUGUGUUCCUGUUUGCCGUGGCUAGAGUCCCUGUGGGUAUUUUCAAACACACACUCUCCAUCUCAAGGGCUCUGCUUUCUGAUCUGGUCUCAGAGAAGGAACGGCCGCUAGUAAUCGGACGGUUCAAUACAGCGUCGGGUGUGGGCUUCAUCUUGGGCCCCAUGGUUGGUGGCUGUCUUACUGAGCUAGACGGCGGAUUUCACCUAACAGCUGUCAUCUGUUUUUCCGUCUUCCUUCUGAACGCCGAACUGGUCUGGCUAUUUCCAUGGAGUGAAGUAAAAUUCAGCACGACAAAGAAUGACCUGCAAUUGGGUAAGAACAACAGACUUUCCGGAAACACGGGAUAUAAAGUGCAGGACGCAGCCACGGCCCGUGGGGCCACCACGAGUGAGAAGACUGCUCGGCUUCCCUGGAUCGAAGUCCUGUCGGCAUUGCAGGACAUGAAGAGCCUGAUAUUUUCCAAAAUGUGGGACAUAUUUUUAGUGCGCUUGCUGAUGGCUGUGGCGGUCAUGCUGUACUAUAGUAACUUUGUCUUGGCUCUCGAGGAGCGCUUUGGGGUGAGGCCCAAGAUGACAGGCUACCUCAUAAGUUACAGCAGUGCCCUGGGGGCCCUGGCCGGCUUUGCUCUGGGCCCCAUCAUGAGGCUCUACAAGCACGACUCCCACACAAUCCUGCUGCACUCCAGCCUCCUCACCUUCACGCUGCUGCUGCUCUACUCCACGGCCCACACCAUGGGGGUCAUUGUCUUCUCCUCUACUCUCCUCUCCUUCUCCACCGCCGUGGGCAGGACGUGUAUCACGGACCUCCAGCUGACCGUGGGCGGGGCGCAGGCCAGCGGCGCGCUCAUAGGUGUGGGGCAGUCUGUGACGGCAGUGGGCCGUAUCGUGGCCCCGCUCCUCUCGGGAGUCGUCCAGGAGGUCAGCCCUUGUGGUCCACCUAGUCUGGGGGCAGCAUUAGCCUUAGUGGCUAUUUUCAUAAUGUCACUAAAGAAACCCCGCUCUAGUGGUAACAGGAGUGAUAAAUUAAAAAGUGAGUAGAACGGACUUGAACGACCUGAUGAAACAAAAGGCAAGGUGUGUGAGUAAGAGAGAUCGUAAUGAGAAGGGUGCGUGGAAAGGGCCGAUGGUGUCACUUUAUCCAGGUGGAUGUGCUUUGCUGUGAGGUGUCCAGGUCAGCUCUGCACAGUGAUGCCUGUGGAAGGUCCAGAAGGCACAUUGGAAGGUUAAGGUUGAACAAAGCUAAGCAAAGCUUUGCUAAAGGGGAAGGUGUUCAACAUUUACCUAAACGUCUCAUCUUCCCACCUGGGCCAGUGAGGCUAAAAUUUUCCAAGUGGGAAAAAUCCACCAGAUACAGGAUAGGGAGGGAAAUGAUGAUGGAAUAACAACAUAAUGUCGAAGAAGGGGAGAAACCUCAAGAAUUUCUCUACUAAAUGAGUACAGGAAGACAAUAAAAUGCUAAUCAGCUGGGACAUGGGUUUUACUUUGACUUCCGUAAGCUGAGAGUGAGCUCUUCUGUAAUUGAAAUCCUAAAGAGUGAAGAUGCUGCUUUAUUAAACCCUACCUGUUGCUUUCUCAAGUCAUAACCAGGGGAGCUGGUUAAAAUUCAGAUGCCUGGCCUCACCCCCAGACCCUGAUUCAGUGGAGCUGGGAAAUGCAUUGUAUUUAAUAAGCACCACUGGCAGGCAUUAUGGAGGUAGAAAAAGGAUCACGCUGAGACAUACUGGUUUUGAUUAAACUAAAAGUGUGAGACUCGGUAAUUUUUAUUAAUAGCUGAACUAAAUUUGGACUGUUAAAAAUUGUGUUUGGAAUUACAAUCUGUUACAGUUGUCCCAGCUGUUAACAGUUAUACUUUACAGUAGGAGGAACAUGGAUUCUUGGAGCCUAUUCCAUGUGCUCAUUACCUCUGAGGGCCCUACUCUGGAGAGGGCUUUGCUUGCUUCAGGGUCUGACUAAAUCACCAUGGACAUCAGGUGUGGCCAUCUGCCCCCUGGAAGCCUGAAUUCCAGCUGGCUUGCAUCCCUCAGGUGGUGAUAAAGCCCAGUGGUGAAGCCAAAGGGCAAGGAAUGUUCUUAAGAGGAACUUUUUUAUUUCACUUUUUAUUUCUUCUAUGACCCAGUAGUUGUUUUUUGUUGUUGUUGCUGCUGUUGGGUGCCAUCAAGUCAAUUUUUGACUCAUAGCAACCCCAUGUGAAAGAGUAGAACUA